AUGGCGCGCAUCAAGGAAUACAUACCUGCAUUCGGAGCCAAGGUUGCGGAGCUUGAUCCUGAAUGGCGCGGUCACUGCAAGCAGCUAUCAGACUGGAAAGCCAAAACUGUCAACUCUCUACUCGCCGAGGAGAUUUUUGCGGGCAAGUUAUCCGAGACCGAGACUCUCAAACAGUGGUCAUCGGCCAUAGUACACCACUUUGUUGUCGAAAACAACGAUAGAAUUGUGGCGUUAUACCGCCAAAUCAGUCAGGAACGGGGAAUACCUGGAGGAGCUGCUCGUCAAAUUGCAAUUCAACAACUGUGGUCGAAAGAAGAUCACAAGGCUUGGGAGGAAAAGGUUAGACAUAUGAGGGAUGAUAUUGAUGCCAAUCGAGCAGAGUUUGACAGUGUGGCUCAGGAAGCCCUCGAAGGACUGCUCACCGGCGGACAGCUCGGCUCAUGUGUAUUAUCCCUAUCAUAUGCAUUUCGCAAAGGCGGCAACAUUUUUGGAGGCAAAGUCAGCGCGGCAUUCGACAGCAACGAAGGAGCUUUGAUAGACGAUGGCAAAUUUGAGUAUGAUACAGCUUCACUGGAACGCUGGAACAAUCAUGCCAAGUCAGUUCUUCCUCACUAUACUCAAGAUGGCGAUGCGACCAUCCCCUGGGAUGCGAUUUAUUCCAACCCUGAUAUGUACUACGACACAGAGACAUUCAAUUUACCAAUAGGCGCCUUAAAGUCCCCGCAAGUGCUAGAACCCGACAAAAUUCUGGCUCUAACCAAAUAUCUGCGUUUGCUACCUGAUGCCACGCCGUUCAAAUUUUAUUCGAAAGACCGCAUAGCGCAGCAUCAGCGCCAAGCAGAGUUACAGAAAUUGCAGCCUUCUCCAAGUUCUCACUCGCCCUCUUACGAUGAUGCAUCACCUUCGGGGACUUUACCUUCACCAUCAAGAUUGACUAACGUUGCCCAUUUUUUGACACCACCUGCGAAGACUCAAUCUCGCCCUUCACUUUUGCCACCUACCUCUGACCAGGCUGCUAGUUUUUCAACACCACCUCCGAAAACACUACCUCGUGCAUUGCUUUCUUCACUAUCGCCCAUGACUCCUCUUCCGUCAUGCUCUCCUCCAAUGCAACACACAGAUGUGUCCUCUAAUGUUCCUCAAACUGUCAUUGGACCAUCGGCGGCAGGCUCUCCGGCCUCCAAGGAGGGCCACUCUGCAAAACAGGGUGCCGGUGAUGAUAUUACCACCACAGCUGCAAGCACUGCCACUAUCAAACCGAAGAAGAAGCCCAAAAAGAGAGUUAGGACGGAGGGACCACCUGUAGCUGUACGACGUACGGGCCGCCCGCGCACGCAAGCUGCAUUGGGACCUGCGCUUGUCACAGAUCCUUCUCUUCCACCACCCAAAAAGCGCAAGCUUAGGGACACUUGGUAUAUGGAGCCAGUUUCGUCUCCGGAAAAGCCAUCUUGA